GUAUUUGAAAUGUGACGGCCUUGCUUGCAUGCAGUUCAAUAUCUGGUCUAUCAAGUCUAGGUCUCUUAAUCUCUGGCCUUGGAAUUUUGAAACAUGGGCAAACGUCUUUUGGUCGGGGGUUCAGUGGCCAUAGUGAUUGGUCUAUGCCUCGUGGUUUUAGGGGCUUGUCUCAAUUGGGUCAUUUUUCCAGCCGUGGUGGAAUAUGAAGUGUACAAGAAUCUGGAUCUCCGAGAAGGAACCGAGGGCUGGAAAGCUUGGGUGGAGCCCCCCGUUCCUGUCUACAUGUGCUUUAAUUUCUUCAACGUGACAGAUCCAGUGGGGGUGGCUGCAGGAGGCAAUGUUUCCGUCACAGAAAUUGGCCCAUAUUGCUUCAGGGAGGAGCGCCUCAAACGGGAUAUUUUGGAACUGGAUGCUGAGCAUCUUCAGUACAGCCUUUUGUUGUCUUAUCAUUACGAUCAAGCAGAAACCGAGCGACAAGGUUGCAACAAUGGAUCUGGAGGGACAUGUUCUCCCAAGGACAAAGUGACAAUUCUGAACGUGGUUUUGGCUGCCAUUGGACAAUUGCUUCAGGAUGCAGCCAAUAACUCGCUAAUACACGAUUUGAUAGACGAUCUCCUCAAGACUGUGAAUGAUGGUGUCGAAGGCAAGUUGACGGAUUGCGGGAAAUAUGAUUGCCAAGAACUGGAAGACGAUUUAUUCACCACUGCUUCGAUUAUUGAUUUAACUUUCAAAGGGGUGCCGUCAGGAGCCUUAAAAGCUCUAGACCACGCUAUACACAUUCAUGGCGCAGAUGGUAUUUGGGGUAUUUUGGGCCUGGAUAAGUUGAAGCUUCCUGGAGAGUUCUACUUCUUCAUGGGUAAAAAUGGAACCAAGACCAACUCCUACUACACGAUCAACAACGGUCGUUACACUCGCAAUAGGUUCUUGGCGAUCGAGAAAUUCAAUGGGGAAACCACCUUGAAAAACGAGUGGUGGCCUAAGGUGGGCCCCAAUCCCAGUGCCACGGCCGCGGGCAUGGGCGGGAUCUGCCAUGACAUUCUAGGCACAGAUGGAACACAAUAUCCCCCUUAUUUGGACAAGAAAGUACGCCGAUGGAUCUUUGUGGGCGAGAUGUGUCGGUCCAUUUGGUUGGACUACGUUCAAGACAACCAAUUCUUGGGCAUUGACGCCUACGAAUACCGAGCUAGUGAGGACGUAUUUGACAUGGAUAACCCAAACAACUUUUGCUAUUGCCCUAAUUUCUUGGAGUGUAUGAGCAUCAACGAUGACGACACUUACGACAGAAGCAAUUGCUCGGACACUUGCAAGGACGGAAUGAUCCGGGUAGGGGAGUGCUAUGGAGGCGUGCCAGUGGUUAUGACUGCACCCCACUUCUUCCGAGGAGACCAGUCUAUGAUUGAUGAUGUGGAGGGCAUGAAUCCUGAACUCGAACUGCACGACACGGUCCUCCUAAUCGAACCCAUGUCUGGGGCCCCUCUCAUGGCCCAUAAGAGGAUUCAGAUAAACCUGGACUUGAAGAGCGUGGCCGCCAUUAACAAGUUGAAGGAUGUGAAGGACAUUCUGUUUCCCGUGUUUUGGGCGGACGAAAACGCCAGGCUCACCCAGGAAUACGCGGACAUGUACCAAAAUACGUUUGUUUUCGCGCAGAAUCUUACACUUGGUAUUUCGAUUGCCAUUGGAUUUGUUGUGGGAGGAGUGCUAUUUAUUGCUGGAAUAUGGAUGUGUUGGAAAGGCUGAAUAGUCUAAAUAUACAAGCAUGCAUGCCACAA